GUGCGUUUAUUUAUAACAGUGCAGGACUGGCAUACCAACUCCGGUGUCCAUACUUUGAAGAGACAGAGAGAGGAAGGGCACACAGUGUGACACGCUCAGUAAUUACAGUCGCCAUCUCUCAUCAUCCUCGGUUGAUAUUUGCCUUUCGGAUCUACAGUCGCACAAUAGAAAAUACGCAUUUACCAAGAUGCCCAAGCCACUGACAGACCAGGAUAAGAGGAAGCAGAUAUCGGUGCGAGGGCUUGCAGGAGUGGAAAAUGUUUCAGACCUUAAGACCAAUUUUAAUCGCCAUCUCCACUUUACGCUGGUAAAGGACCGAAAUGUGGCGACCAAAAGGGACUACUACUUCGCCUUGGCCAACACUGUCCGCGACCAUCUGGUGGGCAGAUGGAUCAGGACGCAGCAGCACUACUAUGAGAAAGACCCCAAACGUGUGUAUUACCUGUCCCUGGAGUUCUACAUGGGGCGCACCCUGCAGAAUACCAUGGUGAACCUGGCUCUGGAGAAUGCAUGCGACGAGGCUACCUAUCAGUUGGGCCUGGACAUGGAGGAGCUGCAGGACAUUGAAGAAGAUGCCGGCCUGGGAAAUGGUGGCCUUGGACGGCUCGCCGCCUGCUUCCUAGAUUCCAUGGCGUCUCUGGGACUGGCAGCUUACGGCUAUGGCAUCCGCUAUGAGUUUGGCAUCUUCAACCAGAAAAUUGUCAAUGGCUGGCAGGUAGAGGAGGCUGACGAUUGGCUGCGCUACGGCAACCCCUGGGAGAAGGCCCGACCUGAGUACAUGCGACCCGUCCACUUCUACGGCAGAGUGGAGCACACCCCCGAGGGUGUGAAAUGGGUCGAUACACAGGUAGUGUUGGCCCUUCCUUAUGACACCCCAGUCCCUGGUUACAGGAACAAUGUUGUGAACACCAUGAGACUGUGGUCCGCCAAGGCCCCCUGUGAUUUCAACCUGAAAGACUUCAAUGUGGGUGGCUACAUUCAGGCUGUGCUGGACAGAAACUUGGCUGAGAACAUCUCCCGUGUUCUGUACCCCAAUGACAACUUCUUCGAGGGGAAGGAGCUUCGUCUGAAGCAGGAGUACUUUGUGGUGGCAGCCACUCUGCAGGACAUCGUCCGUCGCUUCAAGUCCUCCAAGUUCGGCUCCACUGAGGUUGUGCGCGUUGACCUUUCCACCCUACCUGACAAGGUGGCCAUCCAGCUGAACGACACCCACCCUGCCAUGGCCAUCCCUGAGCUGAUGAGGAUCUUGUUGGACACGGAGCACCAGACAUGGGAGAAGGCCUGGGACAUCUGUACACGUACCUGUGCCUACACCAACCACACCGUCCUGCCUGAGGCCCUGGAGCGCUGGCCCACCGACCUGCUCCAUAACCUUCUGCCCAGACACCUGGAGAUCAUCUACGAGAUCAACCGACGUCACCUGGAGCGCAUCGCUAAGCUCUACCCCGGGGACCAUGACCGUCUGCGCCGCAUGUCCCUAGUGGAGGAGGGCGACCAGAAGAAGAUCAAUAUGGCCCACCUGUGCAUCGUGGGCUCCCACGCCGUCAACGGAGUGGCCCGCAUCCACUCGGACAUCCUCAAAGCAACUCUGUUCAAGGACUUCUACGAGGUGGACCCCCACAAGUUCCAGAACAAGACCAACGGGAUCACGCCCCGACGCUGGCUGGUCAUGUGCAACCCUGGGCUGGCUGAAGUCAUUGCAGAGAGGAUCGGUGAGGAUUACAUCCGCGAUCUGGACCAACUGAAGAAGUUGCUGACAUUCGUGGAUGACGACUCUUUGAUUCAUGACAUCGCCAAGGUCAAACAGGAGAACAAGCUGAAGUUUUCUGCCUAUCUUGAGGAGCACUACAAGGUGAAGAUCAACCCCGACUCCAUGUUCGACGUUCAAGUCAAGAGGAUCCACGAGUACAAGAGGCAGCUGCUCAACUGCCUGCACAUCAUCACUCUCUACAACCGCAUUAAGAAGGAGCCCAACAGGAAUUGGACCCCCAGGACUAUCAUGAUUGGAGGAAAGGCUGCCCCUGGUUACCACACGGCGAAACUGAUCAUUAGGCUGAUCACUGCCAUCGGAGAGAUUGUCAACCAUGACACUGUGGUGGGAGACCGCCUCAAAGUCAUCUUCCUGGAGAACUACAAGGUCACUCUGGCCGAGAAAAUCAUCCCUGCGUCCGACCUGUCUGAGCAGAUCUCCACAGCUGGCACUGAGGCCUCUGGCACUGGCAACAUGAAGUUCAUGUUGAACGGAGCGCUCACCAUCGGCACCAUGGACGGAGCCAACGUAGAGAUGGCCGAGGAGGCCGGAGAAGAGAACCUCUUCAUCUUCGGCAUGAGGGUGGACGACGUUGACGCCAUGGACAAGAGUGGAUAUGAUGCCAUGGAGUACUACAACCGCAUUCCUGAGCUGAAGCAGGCCAUGGACCAGAUCGCUGGUGGAUUCUUUAGCCCCGACCAGCACGACCUCUUCAAGGACAUCGUCAACAUGCUGCUGCACCAUGACAGAUUCAAGGUGUUCGCUGACUACGAAGCUUACAUCAAAUGCCAGGAGAAAGUCAGUGCUCUCUACAAGAACCCUAAAGAAUGGACCAAGAUGGUGAUCCACAACAUCGCCGGUUGUGGUAAAUUCUCUAGUGACCGCACUAUCUCCCAGUACGCCCGGGAGAUCUGGGGCAUGGAGCCCAGCCUGGAAAGGAUCCCUGCCCCAGACGAUCCUCGCCAAUAAACCCCAGCCCCAAAACCAGCCUCUGGCUUUUCCACAUCCCCAACCUCUGGUUUUUCCACAGCCCCAGUUUCUGGGUUUGCCUCUGGCUAUUCCACAAGAAAACCAUUUUAACUUGAGAAAAGGUUUAGAAACCUGAAAGCUCCCCUGUAACUAGUACAUUUUCAUUGUGGUCAGUAUUAGUUGAUGAUUGACUAUACAUGUAGCAACCCCUGUCCGGCUACGUGAUGGCCAAUAACCUGAUACCACUUUCAACCUCGACAUUCAGCAUUCAUUUUCUCAACGGGCUAAUUCAAAAUCAGCAUUCACCUUCUCACAUGCACCAGCAAUGCAUAGUCGACUGGCUUGUGCAACAUUAAUAACAUCAAUAACACUGUUCACCAACAUUUAAGCUAACAUGGCCAGAGAAUACACCCUUUAACAGUCAGUGGGGUCAACAAGUAGCUGGAAACCUCACCACUGUCUAAUGGUACCAAAACCAUGUCUUCCAAGAAUGAGACAUGAUGGGACAUAGAGGCUAAUCAAAAUAAAGUAUUCAAAAUAAGCACGUUCUUCUCACAUAGACACUGUGAUUCUACACUACUGAUUUGGCCUGCCAAGGACCACCUCUUUAUUCAUAUCUGCACCAAAUAACCACUCAAGUUGAAGGGACUAGGUUGACAUGCGUGAUCCUCGAUGUUAUAAGACUGUUUGCUCAAUGUAUGUCUGUAUGUCAAAUGUAGUCAUUUGUGCGUGUUAUUAAUGCUUGUGUUUUGGGUAGCCCACACACAAUCCUUAUUACUAAAAUACUUUAUGAUAUAAGCUGUGUUUUGUUUAGAAUGAUCCCAUCAGUAUAUCCUCAAAACGUUGUUCCAGUGUUGGAAAAUGAUCCUUCAUAUAGUGCAACAAACUAAGCCUUCUCUCCUCCACCUUCUCUGCCUAAUACCUCUCAGAGUGACUAUAAUGCUGCCUUAACUAAGCUGUCUGUAGUUGUUCAGCCUAAAGUGAGCCCACCUUGACUUCUCACUGUUAAGCAGCUAGUCUUUUUUGAUGUUCAGAUAAAUAAGCAUUUCUGGUACAAUAGUAUUUCUCACUGUUUGGAAGUCUUGGACUUCAAGUUAACACUACUGAAGGACUAGUAAUUGAGUGUGUGGAGUUGAUAAAGAUUGCAGUGUCCAGUAGUUUUAUUCCUUUAGAGAGAGUCUGAAAAGCACUGAAAGCUUCAAACUCUGCAUUCUCUUGUCAAUGUGAAACAACAGUCAAUAAAGGAGACAAAGUUACAACAA